GCCCGGGGACUUCAUUGUACGUUGUUGUGGAGAUCGCUCACUGUUUUUCCAUGAUGAAGACACUUCCUGGUGUUGGUGUCUUUGGUACUGGGAGCACAGCAAGGGUACUAGUUCCAUUGCUUCGAGCCGAGGGGUUUUGCAUAGAGGCACUUUGGGGCAAAACAGAUGAAGAAGCCAAAAGUCUGGCAGAAGAAAUGAAUAUUUCAUUUUACACAAGCCGCACCGAUGAUGUCUUACUGCAUCCUGACGUGGACCUUGUGUGUAUCAGCAUUCCACCACCUCUAACACGACAGAUUGCGGUAAAGGCACUAGGAAUUGGGAAAAAUGUAAUAUGCGAGAAAGCUGCUACAUGCCUGGAUGCUUUUCUGAUGGUUAAAGCUGCAUGUUAUUACCCCAAGCUUAUGAGCCUAGUGGGAAAUGCUCUGCGUUUUCUUCCAGCCUUUGCACGAAUGCGUCAACUAAUCCUGGAGCAAGGUUAUGUGGGAGAGGUCCAGAUUUGUGAUGUGCGUGUGUACUGGGGUAGCUUGCUGAGCAGCCAGUACAGCUGGAUCUGUGAUGAGCUUAUGGGUGGAGGUGGACUGCACACAAUGGGUACCUAUAUUGUUGAUCUACUCACUUAUCUGACAGGGAAAAGGGCAGAUAAGGUCCACGGUCUACUUAAAACUUUUGUGAAACAAAAUGAAGCUAUUACCGGCAUUCGCCAUGUCACCAGUGAUGAUUUUUGCUUUUUUCAGAUGCAAAUGUCUGGAGACGCUUGCAGUACAGUGACUCUUAAUUUCAAUAUGCCAGGACCUUUUGUUCAUGAAGUGAUGAUUGUGGGCUCAGCAGGCAGAUUGAUAGUACGAGGAACAGAAUUAUAUGGACAGAAGAACAGCACACCUGAAGAAGAGCUCCUGCUCUCAGAUACUUUGACCAUGGACACAACUGGGCUUAAUGGUUUUGAAAAAGUUCCCCCUCCCUAUCUUAAAGGGUUGGCACACAUGGUAAGGGCUCUUCGACUCUCUUUCCAGGAUCAGGAUGAUAGAAGAACCUGGAACAAUAAGCCAUUGGCAGCUGCUGCCACCUUUGAAGAUGGUUUAUAUAUGCAGAGUGUAGUUGAUGCUAUCAAGCUGUCAAAUCGAUCAGGGGAAUGGGAAACGGUGGAGUUGAUGUGCGAAGAACCUGAUUCCAAUCAAAACCUGUGUGAUGCUCUUCAAAGAAACAGUCUUUGAAGUGUCUUUUAUUUUAGAACUACCUAAGUAAGCUAAAGAUGAAAGCUAUUGGUAUAUAAAUGGAACUCAAAAAUAGAUGCUUUUAUGCGGGAAAAUGAUUUUCAAUUCCCUUAAAAAAAAAAAAAAAAAAAAAAAAAGAUGUGAACUUUUAAAGAGCUCCCUAUGAUUCUUCAACACUAGUUUGUUAUGAAUGUGACUGUGAAAUGAUCACUACAUUAAUAGUUGGGUUCUCCCCCCCCACUUUCAAAAGUUUCAGACUUCUCUAAAUGAUAUGCAUGGGGGGGGAGGGGGGUACAGUGUAUAUUACAAACUGAAUACGCAAAUCACUUCCUUUUAUUCUUACUGAUAACUGACACCAUUUCAUUAUUUGCCGAAAUACUUUUUACGGUAAGGAAAUAACAUAAAGAAGUGUACAAAAUAACAGGCAACUUUUUUUUUUUUCAUUUUCUAUUUUUAUACUUUAUGGAAUUGCCUUUUUUAAUGAAAUGUAUAA